UGCCCUGGUGGGAUACUGACGACUGACGCGGGGUGGAAUACGGGCGGUGAGGGGCGGUGCGGGGAGUUCGUCGAUUGAUGGGAUGGCAGCUUACCAGCUCACAGGAACUGCAUUUUGCCAGCGACCACCGCCGAACGCUAGUCUAACGGAGUGUGAGCCGUACGAAAGAGAUGAAAUAAAAACAAUCCAGCCUUUCUUUUCCUUCUCCAGAGGGGGGGAAUGGAGCCAACGUCAUGGUCGUUGCACAGCUGGAACGGAAGUGCUCACGUGGGGGCUCCAGGUUUCAAGCUAGGAGAGAAACAGGGCUGCCGGCCAGCGCCCGGAGCCGAGACCGGAAUUACUCUUUGGUUGUAUGGGGACCUCGAGAUAUACCAGCUACCUACCUAGGUCUGAUUGACCUCAGCAAAAAAGCGACAAAUCUGCUCGGGCAUAGCGGAGUGGUGGACUGUUGGGUACUUAGGUUUGUAAAGAAACAAAUGCAAACGCAGAAGUCCACAGCGGGUUACCUUCAUAUUAAUCGUCAUGCGGCCGGGGCCAGGCCAAGAGUAACUGGCAUCAAGGCAACCGUUUCUUCCGGAACGGUCACCGAGAUGUGGCAUUCAUCAUCCUGCAAAAGCUUCGGAUGGAUACACAGGCGGCUACUACAACACUACAGACUAGUGUUAUGCUCGCCUCACUUAUGAAGUACAGGUUGACUCAAGACUUUCAUCUGGCUCGGCCGUCAAAUGUCUGUCGCUUGGCGCCUCCCACCAUCGAGUUCUUACCUUUACGUAUUUGGUGUUUGUACAGUACAGUACGAAUACAGCACCUCACAUGCUCGUGUGCAUUCACCUCGCUCCAUGGCAGGGCAAUAAUUAGACAUUUGC